CGUUUUCGCGUUUUGCCGGUUUCUGUUUCGCUCCGACCUCUUCGCAUCGUGAAUCGUCAUUUUUAACUUAUUUUCUCAUUUUAUUGUAAUUUUAUAAUUUCUGUGUUCAAUCCAUUGUGCCAAAAAGCUGUGUUCGGUUGCAUUUAAAUCUCAACUGCUCAGUAUUAUCAAUUUUGUCACUAAAGUCAAUCAUGGGAUCGUGGACCAGGAUGCAGCGAAUGGUCAGCCUGACGGUGGGUGCCGUGGGGGGAGCGGCCGGAUUUUGGUACGCGUCCCGCCAGUGGAACCAACGGCAGGUGUACGCCUCGUGGACUACCAACUUUGAGGUGUCCAAGUGCGGCAAGUGGGACUACAACUGGGAUCACCGCGACCCGCGCAGCCUGGUCGAACCGGUGGGGGACAAUGUCGACCCGGUGGUCCAGAACCGGUACAACGAAAAGUUGGACAAAAAGCGCACCAGAGUUACACGCCAUCUGAUUUUGGUCCGCCACGGUCAGUACAACAUGGACGGCCGCACCGAUGCCGAGCGUUACCUCACCGAGAAGGGCCGGAAGCAGGCCGCCUGCAGUGGGGAACGGCUGAAGCAGCUGGGCUUUGAUUUCGACAAAAUCAUUCGCUCGACGAUGACGCGGGCGCAGGAAACGGCCAAGAUUAUUUCCGGUUCGCUGCCCGAGCUCAAGCUGCACGACGAUGCGAUGCUCGAGGAGGGAGCGCCGAUUCCGCCGGAGCCACCCGUGGGCCACUGGCGGCCGGAGGUUUCGCAGUUCUUCGAAGACGGCGCCCGCAUCGAGGCCGCCUUCCGCAAGUACUUCCACCGGGCCGAACCGGACCAGAAGCAGGACACGUACACGCUGGUGGUUUGCCACGCCAACGUCAUCCGGUACUUCGUGUGCCGCGCGCUGCAGUUCCCGCCGGAGGCCUGGUUGCGUAUUUCGCUGGGGCACGCGUCCAUCACGUGGAUUUCGGUCAUGGACGACGGGCGGGUGACGCUGCGGACGCUCGGCGAAACCGGCCACAUGCCCAAGGAGCUGCUCAGUCGGUAAGUGAGAGGAAGUGGGGGCGUUGGAGGGUUUGAAUUUAUUUUGAGGUUAGGAAGUGAAGAUUUGAAAGCAUUUAAUGUGAAGUAAUAAAUAAGCAAUGAAAUUAUGGAAGAGUA